CUGUUGCCUCUUCGGCCUCCGACGCCCAGACCCCGGCGGGGCGCCCCUGGCGUGUCCGAGUCGGCGCCUGGGGGUGCCGCGGGUGUAGACGCGUGCCAGUGCAGUGCUGCCGACGAGUUGGGGGUCCCCAGACGGAGACUGGAGUCGGGUCACACUCAGGGUCCCGCCCGUGAGGCCGUGUUUUCUCUCCAGGACGCGUUUGUAUCUGGGCGCUGGGGCUUGGAAUCUUCUGGUCGGUGUAGACCACGCUCUAAAACACGGCUUUUGUGUUGUCAGCGAGUGGGUUCGGGUGGGUGUUGUGCCUUCGACCCUCGGGAAUCUAGAACCUUGACUCGGAAUCCGGGUGGCUCCGUUGUCCUCGAGGUAGCCGGGUGGGAGACACCUGCGUGGGGGCGUGCGGGUCCCCGCCCAGUCCGCCCUGCUGGGCGCCUGUGGAGUUGGGGACGAAUCCUUCACAGUAAGUUGGCUGCGGAGCAGUCCGUGCCGGGCAGGGUGAGGAGGACCUCGGGCAGCUGGCAGCUGGGAGCCGAGAAACUUAGCGCUGGGAGCUUGCUCUUCGGUUCAUUGUGGAUUCGCUCUCUCCGCGUAGUAUCGCAUUGUAAACACAGAAUGUCAGUGAUGCGCUGUGUGCUCUGGAAACUGUUUCAAUUAAACCGUCGGCGUGGUUAGUCUUCUCUCGUGAUGGCUGUCUCUUUACAGGAAUGGAAACUUUCUUCUAGGGAGUGUAGGCCUUGAUUAGCUGCACGCUGAUUUUUAAGGCAGGUGGUUGCCCCUGUUAAUUAAAUGCGAUUGACUAUCUGUUUGAGUACUCAUGACAAACACCGUCAGCUUAAACGUUGUCAGACAAGUUGCUUAGACACUGUUUUACAGCCUACCCACCUAAUAGGAAUUUCAAGGCAGACACGGAGAGAGAUGUCAGAAGGUUCAGAAAAAGACUACUCGGACAGAACAAACAGCGAUGAGGAUGAAUCCGAUGAAGAUCCUUUCAUGAAAUUUCUAAAUGAAGAUAUUCAUCAGUGUGCUCUUUUAGCAGCCGACUGUAAUGGGGACCCUUUCUUCCCUCGGACUACACAAAUACUGUUGGAGUAUCAGCUGGGGCGAUGGGUGCCACGUCUUCGUAAACCACGAGAUUUGUAUGGUGUCUCCUCCUCUGGCCCACUGAGCCCAACAAGAUGGCCAUACCACUGUGAGGUCAUUGAUGAAAAAGUACAGCAUAUCGAUUGCACUCCUUUGAAUCCUGAGCCAAUGUAUAUCCCAACAGGUCUAGAAAUGGAACCGCUUUAUCCAGAUUCUAAGGAAAAUACUGUGGUUUAUCUAGCUGAAGAUGCUUACAAAGAGCCCUGUUUUGUGUAUUCCCGAGUUGGGGGCAACCGAACACCCUUAAAGCAGCCUGUGGACGACUGUGACAACACUUUGCUGUUUGAAGCAAGGUUUGAGAGCGGCAAUCUGCAGAAGGUAGUCAAAGUGGGAGAAUAUGAAUACCAGUUGGCUGUGCGCCCUGACCUCUUCACAGACAAACACACCCAGUGGUACUAUUUCCAAGUCACUAAUACCCGAGCAAGAGUAGUCUACAGAUUCACUAUUGUCAACUUCACCAAGCCUACUAGUCUUUACAAUCGGGGUAUGCGCCCACUGUUCUAUUCUGAAAAAGAGGCCAAGGCUCAUAAUAUUGGCUGGCAGAGAAUAGGAGACCAGAUCAAGUACUAUAGGAACAAUCUGGGCCAAGAUGGGCACCACUAUUUCUCCCUGACAUGGACCUUUCAGUUUCCACACAGCAAAGACACCUGCUAUUUCGCUCACUGCUACCCAUACACUUACACUAAGCUACAAGAAUAUCUUUCUGACAUCAAUAAUGACCCAGUACAGUCCAAGUUUUGUAAGAUACGUGUCUUGUGCCACACGCUUGCUAGGAACAUGGUGUAUAUUUUAACAGUCACCACCCCCUUGAAGAACGCUGACUCAAGAAAGCGAAAGGCUGUGAUUCUGACUGCACGGGUCCACCCAGGAGAAACCAACAGCUCUUGGAUCAUGAAAGGCUUCCUAGAUUUUAUUUUAGGAAACUCAAGUGAUGCACAGUUGCUCCGGGACACUUUCGUCUUCAAGGUGGUACCCAUGCUGAAUCCAGAUGGUGUGAUUGUGGGAAAUUAUCGGUGUUCCUUAGCUGGACAGGACUUAAACCGUAAUUACACAUCUCUCCUGAAGGAGUCUUUUCCUUCUGUCUGGUAUACCCGGAACAUGAUCCGUAGAUUGAUGGAGAAACGAGAGGUUAUUUUAUAUUGUGAUCUUCAUGGCCAUAGUAGGAAAGAGAAUAUCUUCAUGUAUGGCUGUGAUGGUAGCGACAGAUCUAAAGCAUUGUACUUACAGCAGCGAAUCUUUCCACUUAUGCUGAGCAAAAAUUGUCCAGAUAAAUUUUCAUUCUCAGCUUGCAAGUUCAGUGUUCAGAAGAGCAAAGAAGGAACAGGAAGGGUGGUGAUGUGGAAAAUGGGAAUUAGGAACAGCUUUACCAUGGAGGCCACCUUUUGUGGCUCUACUCUGGGUAGUUCUCAUCUUGUCAGAAAAUGCAUCAGCUCAGCGGCCUACACUGUGGCCCAGCAGGUUAAGGGACUGCCUACGGCUGCUCUGCUUCCAUUCCAGCUCCCUGCUUGUGCACCUGGGAAGGCAGCAGAGGAUGGUUCAGGUAAAAAACGAGGCACUCAUUUCAACAUAAAAGACCUGGAGUCAAUGGGAUACCAUUUUUGUGAUUCUCUCUUGGACUAUUGUGAUCCUGACCGGACCAAGUAUUAUCAGUGCCUGAAAGAAUUAGAAGAAAUGGCAAAACAUACUCACAUAAAUGUGGAAAAAGCCUUUGAGGAUUCAUAUACUUCUCUGAUAGAAAUCACAAUGGAUCCAGAGACUAGCAGCCAAGGCUCUGAUAGUUCCGAAUCCGACUCUCAGAAUUAUCUUCUCAAGUUAACUUCUCAGGUAAAAAAUAAGAAAAAGUAUCUGAAAGCAAAGAAGGAGAGGAAUUCUAUUCGAGCAAGCCACCACAAUGCCAAAGAAGAGGUAAACGAUGGAGAACAUUUAUUGAAAACACAGAAAGAAUCAAAUUCUGAUGUGACAGAUACAAAGCCAGAUGCACCAGAUAACUAUACGGUUGGUUAUUUAAGAAGACCAUUGCCAAAUCAAGGUUUAGUAAAGAUACCUGGACAAGAGUCUUCUUGGCUUCUAAAAAAAUAUUUAAGCUCCGAAAGUACCAUCCAAAGUCUUAGGAAAGACCACCAAAGACAGUUUUCAGAACCUGAUGAGAGCCCAAUCCAUGGAACAGUUCAACCCGAGGGAACUGAUUGGUAUGAAAACUGUUUCAAAGUGACAUCCUUGAAGUGUCCCGUGAGCAAGCAAACGUCCAACUGGACUGAGAAGACAAAGAUAUCAACAGACCUGCGUCACAACUUGAAAAACAGAGUGAAAGAUUUCACAUCUCUCCCAAGCAAGAAGACUGACACAAAUUGGACUGAUGAUGAAAAAGGAUCCUACAGGGACAAGAGAAUAGCUCAAAGUCAAGACACACUGCAGUAUCUGCUCCCCAUCGUGGAAGGCACUAGAGCUGUGCCACCUCCUCAGUUAAAACAGCUCCUCAGCCCAAGACCCAACAUCCAAACCCAACAGCAACUAAGGUCAGCCACUUGCAUAAAUAUGAAGAGAUACAACACGUCCUGGACGCCACCAAGAAACCCUACUUUUAUAUGCCACAGGCACCUGCUAGCCGAGCCUUCAGGGUGGCUCCCCUCUGUGCCCCAGAGGUCGCAGGAAGGUUUGUCGCCUCUUAGAGGCCUCAAGAAGAGGAAAAAGCAGUCUCCGUUCUGGGACACAAGGACUGAAGACAUGAAAGCCCUCCGCGGCAGAUGGGAGACCGUCCCCUCGAGUUCCGACAUGGAGGCAAAUGUUAUAAAAGCCAAGACUCUUCAAGCCGCCACGUGCAGCCAGCAGAGCGCUAAGCCCACGGCGCCCCCUCUGACCAGAAGGAAGCAGGAGCAACAGGGAAAGGGGGACGGACGCCCCGCCUUCCUCCCGCGUCCCCAAAGGGACGGUUAAGGCAGCUCUGAGCUGCUCCAACACUGUGCGUGCAGGCCAGAUCCCAGUGCUGACCUGGCCGAGAGUGGCAAGAGAAAAAGCCCUUCCCUGCUCCUACCUCUGCAUACGCCGGCCUGUGUGCUGAACUAAGAAGUCCACGUAGCCCCUCCUCUUUGGUGGGGAUGUAUUUUCCAGAGAUUAAAAAGAAACUCAAAGAAAAUAGAGACCAUUUUAAAACACUGAAAUACUUAUAUUUAAUUUUUGUCAACAUAAAAAAUUCUGAACUUUUUCUUAUGACUUAUCAUACAACACCAAAAAAAAAGAAAAAAACCUAAGAAAUCAAGGACAAAUGACAUUUACUAUUUUAACUGCCCUGCUAGAUGCUUUAGUGAAUUUAAUAAAUCAGUGGACAGAAGUCACUCCCUACAUUUAUGUUACAUUGGUG